UAUAUCUUAAAUCGUGGUACUACCAUAGUACUACGCAUAGAUAUAUAAUAUUAUAUAUCUAUAAUACCAUGACAAAUUAAAUAGGUAUGUCAGCAAUAUUACCGGUUUAAAAACAAAUUGCGCACCCACCCUCCGCCCAGCCAUGUCCUGUGACUUAGACAUUUCUCCGGUUCUCAUUGGUCCACCGCCGCCCCUGCCGCAAAUGACAAAUAGACGCCGCCGCCGAGGACUCCAACACUACUCCACCGCUCAGCAUGUUGGAGAAAUGAAUACGUCACAGACAUGCGUAUCACGAGUUGCUGACAUACACCUAUUUAAUUUGUCAUGUAUGAUACUACCAUAGAACAUACUACGGUCGAAGACCGUGAUUACACAGGAUAUAUGAUCUGUGGUGAUUAUUACUAUUAAAGUAUUAACUUGAUAAAAAUAUUUGAUAUAAUAUAUUGUGUUUGUUAUUUGAUAGUAACUUAAUAACUUUCAAAACUGCAAUAGUUCAAUCUUGUUAAUAAUUAUAAAUCUGAACUCAUAACUCAUAAGAAAUGGAAAAUAUAAUGUUCAAUAAGGAUCAAGAAAUGGAGUCUUCUAGUUAUAAAGACUACUCACAAGAAGAUUUGUUUUUAGUUCCAGAACCAAAACGGUCAAACGAUCAACAUAAUUCUUCCGAUCCAUUUGGAAAAAAAAAGAAGGAUAAAAGUAAAAAACAAAUCGAAGCAGAAGAAAGAGAAAAAAUGAGAGUUCUUGUAUCCAACUUCACCGAAGAACAAUUGGAUAGAUAUGAAAUGUUUAGAAGAUCGGUGUUUCCUAAAGCAGCAAUUAAAAGGAUCGUACAAACCAUUACUGGAAAUUCUGUUUCUCAAAAUGUUGUAAUUGCCAUGUCGGGUAUUGCAAAAGUUUUUAUUGGUGAAAUAGUUGAGGAAGCUCUUGACAUAAUGGAAGCUCAAGAAGAUUCAGGACCAUUACAUCCCAAACACUUACGGGAAGCUGUGAGGCGGCUAAGAAAAACUGGAGCUAUUCCAUCUUCCAAAGGUAGAAAACUGCCUUUUUACAUUUAGAUACCUAAAAUAAAUUUAAACUUAUUUGUUAAACAAUUAAUAAUUAUUUUUUAAACUUAGCAACUAAUGUACAUUUUUAUUGUAUAUAUCUGACAUUUGUAGUAAUUAUUUGUAAAGCAUCUAAUUAUAUUGAUGAAUAACAAAAAAUCAAUUUAUUUAUGACAUUUAUCUUCUUAUUUAAAUCUCAAACAUCAAAAUAUUUGUUAAACAAAAUUGCAUAAUUAAUAAAUGUAUACAUGAAUUGUUUAUUCUCUAAA